CACUGUUCACGAGUGACAACGUUUCAGAUGAUUGAAGUUUGCGCUGAAUCAACAAUCAAUGGACUGUAGACUGCGCGUGAAAUAACGCCGAAUUACUCUUAACACUACUGUGCUUAUAACAGCUAAAAUGGGCAUAUUAUACAGAGGCCUGAAUGCGUUUUCGAGAUAUGUGUUGUGCAAAUCCAGACAGUUUUCAGUCAAGUUAACUUGAUUAUAAAGAGCAUGUCAAUGUAAAGAGCUGGCAUUCAGUGAACUCAGUCGUGUCGUCUUUUCAUUUCGCAAGCUGCUUAAUCACCAAUAAUGUCACUUUUGGAGUCUGAUGAAAACACUCCGCUUCUCAGAGGCGAUAUUACAAGUGAUGGGGAUGCAGACAGAAGCCGCUGGAGGUCCAUCAGGGUCAUGUAUUUCACCAUGUUCCUUAGCAGUGUUGGUUUUACGAUUGUCAUCACCUCCAUAUGGCCAUAUCUGAAGAAUAUUGAUGAAAGUGCAGAUGCCAGUUUCUUGGGAUGGGUGGUUGCUGCAUAUAGUUUGGGUCAGAUGGUGGCCUCACCCCUCUUUGGAUUGUGGUCCAAUCACAGGCCUCGGCAAGAGCCUCUAGUCUGCUCUAUAUUCAUCAAUGUCUCAGCUAACAUUUACUACACCUAUGUCUACCUACCUCCCUCAUACAACAAAAUUCACAUGCUUUUGGCUCGUACAUUUGUGGGCAUUGGAGCAGGUAAUGUAGCAGUUGUGAGGUCUUAUGUGGCUGGUGCCACUUCCCUGAAGGAGAGAACCAGUGCAAUGGCUAAUCUGAGCGCCUGUCAAGCUCUCGGCUUUAUACUUGGCCCAGCUCUGCAGGCUGCUUUGUCAUUCUUUGGAGAGACUGGCGUCAGUGUGAAUGUCAUCCAGCUUCGGGUUAAUAUGUACACCGCUCCAGCUUUGUUGGCAGCCUGCUUCGGGGUCAUUAACAUUCUGCUGGUUAUAUUAGUCUUGAGGGAGCACUUUGUGGAUGACCAUGGACAGCUUAUCCGUGCAAUUAACUACACCCCAGAAGAGCGAGUGGAUGUGGCUCCUGAGGUAGAAGGUGAUAUCGACCAGAUCGCAGUGUUCACAUCUAAUGUCCUUUUCUUUGUUAUUCUCUUCAUUUUUGCUGUGUUUGAAACUAUAUCUACUCCUCUAUCAAUGGACAUGUUUGCGUGGACAAGAAAAGAAGCCGUUUUUUACAACGGUAUCAUAUUGGCUGCCAUUGGCUUUGAGUCCAUCCUCGUCUUCCUGGUGGUAAAAGUGGUUUCAGCACGGGUAGGAGAUCGGCCACUGCUGCUUGGAGGCUUGAUUCUCAUAUUUGCAGGUUUCUUUAUCUUGUUGCCAUGGGGAAAUCAAUAUCCUAAAAUACAGUGGGCAGGUGAGCUAUCCGACUAA